UUUGUACAAUUGUACUAUCGGUCGCAAUUUCUAUCCCCAAAACCGCCUUUCCCUUUUCAAAAAACAGAGCACUCUUCAAGCACCGUACGGAGAACGGUGGAGAAACGGUCGGCCAGCAAAACCCUAGUGAAACUUCUGACCCUCAAUCCAAAUUCUGGGGCAUCGGAUGGGAUCGGACGUCGAAAGCGAUCCGGUAGGGUUUUUCAUGAGUCUCGAGCGGUGGCCUGGAGACAUGGACUGUGAUGACGGCGGCGGCGGCGGCGGCGGAGAUGAUAUGGGUCCGGCGUCGCAGUCGUCGGAGACCUACUUGCUCGGUUUCGUCAUAGUGAACAUCGUUGGCUUGCAGUACUACACCGGCACGAUCAGCGGCCGGGAAAUGGUGUGCCUGGUCCGCGAGCCCUUGAAUCCCUACGACCCGAACGCGAUUAAGGUGCUCAACACCAGGACGGUUCAGGUUGGCCACGUGGAGCGCUAUGCAGCGAUGGUUCUCGCGCCGUUGAUGGACCAGAAUUUGAUCACCGUCGAAGGCAUUGUUCCCAACACUCCGGCGAGGGGUAGCCGCUACAGGAUUCCGGUUCAAAUCCAUAUAUUUGCCUUCAGGGAGUCAUUUUCCAGGGUCAAGUCUGCGAUUUCGCGAGGUGGCUUGCAGUUGAUUUCGAGCAACGACGCGUCUUUUACCUUGUCGCAGGCGGUUGUGGUUAAGGAGAGGAAGGCCAGCCAGGACGGCAGGAGCGUGGAUGAGAUAUUUAAACUGGUGGACGAGAAUGUCAGUAAUAAAUCCGCAAUGGAGGCGCUGGAGCCACCCAAAGAAGUUAUCAAAUCGGAGCUUUUCUUGCACCAGAAGGAAGGCUUGGGGUGGAUGGUUCACAGGGAGAAUUCUUGCGAGUUGCCUCCAUUCUGGGAGGAGAAAGAUGGUGCUUAUGUCAAUGUGUUGACUAACUAUCAGACCCGUACCCGGCCUGAACCUCUACGGGGUGGAAUUUUUGCGGAUGACAUGGGGUUGGGUAAAACUCUCACAUUGCUUUCUUUGAUUGCCAUUGAUAAAUGUGGUUGUGCAAGUCCCUUUUCAGUUAAUAGCAGUAGAGAAAUUGCAGAACAAAGUGAGGGAACAGAUGGGAAGGAUGAUAAAUUGGUUGUUUUGGGUAGCAAGAAGUUGAAGAGGGGGAGGGUAAGUAAAAAUGAUAGUAGUUCACGGAAGACAAAAAAGACUGAAGCUACCCAUUUUGAUAAAAUAGCGAAAGGAAAAUCUGUUGGUGGAUUAGAUAGUUGUGCUGAUGCUUCAACUUUAAAACCAACACUAAUUGUGUGUCCUCCCUCUGUGUUUUCGACAUGGGUGACACAGUUGGAAGAACACACUAGACCGGGAAAGUUUAAGGUGUAUAUGUAUUAUGGGGAACGGACAAAAGAUGUACAGGAGCUUCAGAAGUAUGACAUUGUUUUAACAACCUAUAGCACUCUAGCCUGUGAAGAACCCGGGGAUGGAUUACCUAUGAAGAAGAUAAAGUGGUGGCGAGUCAUUCUGGAUGAGGCACAUGUGAUUAAGAAUGCAAAUUCCCAACAAAGCCGUGCUGUUACUAGCCUGAAUGCUGAGCGGAGGUGGGUUGUGACAGGGACACCAAUACAAAAUGGCUCAUUGGAUUUAUUCUCUCUCAUGGCAUUCUUGAGGUUUGAACCUUUCUCAAUUAAAAGCUACUGGAAUAGCUUGGUUCAGAGGCCACUUUCUCACGGAAAUGAGAAAGGGCUUUCGCGCUUGCAGGUUCUAAUGGCAACCAUUUCACUGAGGAGAACAAAAGACAAGGCUUUAAUUGGGUUGCCACCUAAAACUAUGGAAACCUGUUUCGUGGAACUUUCAGCUGAAGAGCGUGAGCUGUAUGAUCUGAUGGAAAAUGAGGCAAAGGGUGUUGUUCGGAACUAUAUCCAUGCUGGUAGUGUUACAAGCAAUUACUCAACUGUGCUAGGUAUAAUUUUACGGCUACGCCAAAUUUGUACAGAUAUGGCCUUGUGUCCUUCAGAUCUGAAAUCAUUUCUUCCAUCCAACAAUAUUGGAGAUGUAUCCAACAAUCCAGAAUUGCUGAGAAAGAUGGUUUCAUUGCUGCAAGAUGGAGAGGACUUAGAUUGUCCAAUUUGUAUUUGUCCUCCAAAUGAUGUUGUUAUUACAUGUUGUGCUCACAUCUUUUGUCGGUCCUGCAUCUUAAAAACCCUCAAACGUACUAAACCAUGCUGCCCGUUAUGUCGUCGUCCACUGUCAGAGACUGAUCUCUUCUCUUCCCUACCGGAUUCCUCUGACACAGACAACUCCAAAGUUACCCGUUCUUCUACAUCUUCAAAAGUGUUCUCUCUCUUAAAACUCCUUUCAGCAUCAAGGGAUCAAAACCCUACAACUAAAUCAGUUGUUUUCUCUCAAUUCCGUAAAAUGUUGAUUUUGCUUGAAGAGCCACUAAAAGCAGCUGGUUUUAAGGUGCUGCGCUUAGAUGGAACAAUGAAUGCAAAAAGGAGAGCUCACAUAAUCCAAGAAUUUGAGCUCCCAGCACCAGAUGGACCUACAGUUUUACUUGCAAGCCUGAAAGCUUCAUGUGCUGGUAUAAAUCUUACAGCUGCUUCUAGGGUGUACUUGUUGGAGCCAUGGUGGAACCCAGCUGUUGAGGAGCAAGCCAUGGAUCGGGUCUACCGGAUUGGACAGAAGGAGGAUGUGAAGAUUGUGAGGAUGAUUGCUCGAAAUAGCAUUGAAGAGAGGAUAUUGGAAUUGCAAGAGAAAAAGAAGAAGCUGGCUAGAGAAGCUUUUGGUAGGAGGGGCCUAAAGGAUAGGAGGGAUAUAAACAUUGAUGAUCUCCAAACCCUGAUGUCCUUCAAACUUGUAGCAGUUGGUUUGGAUUUUUGAAGGAGAAUUCUGGCUGUUGAUCCAGACUGGCGUUCCUCAGCUGCUGCGAUUCAGGAAGGCAAAGGCAAAUUCUAGAAACGGUUUCAUAGACGCUGUAAUUCAGGCAAUUAUCAAGAGGCUGUACAGAGCUGAUGAAGUCCGGAAAGUGGUGGAGUCAAGCAAUCCAGGGUCGAAGUUGAAGACGAAACAGAUUCAGUGAAACAGUGAUUUCCGAUGAUCCAGGCAACUUCUAUUUGCUGCAACAGAGCUGAUCAAAGAAGAAUCCAGACCUGACGAUUGGUCUCAGUUGUUAAUAGGCGAUUACUAGCAGUUGUUCUGAUCCGAUUUUGAAGACAUCAGAAACUGAUUGUAACUAAGCAGAGUAACUGAUCCUUUGAAGGCGAAGCGGAGCAAGCAAUUCUCGGCUGAAACGGAACUGAUUGAGUCACAGGAGGUGAUUCAGGAAGCUGAGCUAGAGGCGAUUCUCAGGCUGUUGAUUUCUCAAUUCCGACUGUGACAGGUGGAAUCCAGAUUGCUGUAAUUCAGAUGUAGGCUGUGUCCCGACUGUAAUUUUAACAAUUCAAAGCAGCAGAGCUGAUUUUUAAGGUAAAUUGAGGAAAUGGCGGAAGGCAACCACACGAUGCAGACAGAAUUUGAUGCAUACAGAGAAAGUUUUGAUCGGCCAAAAACUGGACAAUUUAAUGAAUAUGAUCGCCAAGAAGUUUCAGGCAAUUCCGACUGAAACUGAGGUUAAUUGGACUAAGUUUAUGGAGGAUAGAUGUGACCAGUCUGGAGAGAAAGCAAGGACUGAUGUGAUUGCAUAAUUUCAUAAACUAAAACAGGUUGGAUCAGUGAUGGAGUAUCAGGACUGGUUUGAAGAAUUAAGGUCCUUGAUGUUGACUUUGCAACCUGCUUUAACGGAGCGGUACUUCAUUUCCAAUUUCAUCAGUGGGCUUAAAGAUGAACUACGGUCAACUGUCAAGAUGAUGCAGCCUGCCACCGUUAAGCAGGCUGCUGAGAAAACAAGGUUACACGAGCUUGCUUUAGAAGCAAUAUACAAAAAGCACGGGCUCCUACCUACCUAUGACAUCCGAUUUGCAGGAAGUUGAUGAAUUACCUGCAAUCAGCAGUAUUUAUCAGGUGAUGGUUGAUUCAGAUGCUGGAGGCGAUAUUGUUGGAGAUAGAUUGACAGCUGAUGCUGCAAAGGACGACAGUUUGCCUAAUUGGAAAUUUUCACUGCAGCUGCAGGUAGAGUUCAGGCCGGAGAAGUUGUUGAGGCUCCAAUGAAGGAGAAAUCUGUUGAAAUGAAUUCGGUUACAGUCAUUAAGAAUCCAGAAGAAGUGCUAAUAAAUCAAGAUGUGCCUACUGAGAGGUUGCAGGAGAAGAAUGAGGAAUUAUUGGAUGGACUGACUGAGGAAGCAAAAUUCAUUAUAUUACCACUGGUGCUGGUCUUAGCAGAGGUUAAGGAAAUUUCUGGAACUUACCUAUCAAGUGGAGAAGAGAGCUGUGACAUGGAGAUUGUCGAGGUUUACAUUUUAUAUUUGCAGGAAAUGCAAAUAUAAGACGAAGAAGGAACGGAAGGAGAAAAUGAAGAAGGAUAAAUCAGAUAGUGAAAAUUGGAAUUGAAUAAAAAAACGGCAGCACGAUUGUUGUAAUUUCUUGGGAACAAGAAACCUCUCAAGGAGGGGGGGAUUGUCACAACCCCAAGCGUAUAUUAGGCCUAGUAUAUCACAUGUAUUAGUUAGUGUUAUACCUUAUAGCUUUGCUUGCUUGUACCUUUAAAUUGUAAAGCCUAUAAAUAGGCUUAAUCCUGGAGAAUUAGUCAUAUAGUUGAAUGAUAAUCUGAAUUGCCUCUCUCAAAUUCUCUCUUUCUCUCGGUUCUACCUAAUUUCUCUCUCAGUUC